AUGCCGCAGCCGCGAAGAGCGCAAAAGCGCCGUCUCUCCGCUGACGACGUCGAGGACGGGAGUGACAGUCAAGCAUCUAACGACUCCACGUACAAGUGGCGUGGGAAUCGAGGCAAGACGACAGAGACAGCAACCAGUACCGAUCUUUCGAUCGCGGACGAAUACCACGGUGACUGA